AUGGACUUAGACAUUAAUCCAACAAUAACAACCCUGAGAGACGUUGAGGAGGAGUUCUUCUUCCACCAACAGAUGAAGCAGGAAGUUCUAGACAACAUGAGCCGCCGCCCCAAGUUUACGAACUACCUCCAGAUGAAGGACGUCCUCAACAGUAGCAGUUAUGAGCUGUCAGAAAGAAUCCGGACCAUAUACCGCCUGAAGAAAAAAACAGAGGGGACCAUUGAGAAGGUGAAAAGCCUACUCAAAAAGAUUCCAGAAAAUGAUCAGCCAUAUAUGGACUGA